UGUCGCCAUCUGCUAUAGGUAGAAAAACACUGUGGACUAUUCUCUGAGGCACGCGAUACCUACACGUUAGCAAACAGGGUAAAUAAACACAUUAAACAAAACAUAUUUUUCUGGAGCUUAACUUGUGCAACAGGUGUUCAGCAUCCUGCGGAUUUAAGGGCGAAAAGAAGAUAACAGACACAUCGACGGGCAAAAUAAAGAAAGCAGGUUAGUUUAUCGCUCAGAUAAAGACUAAUGGACUAAGUUGUAUCUCAACAUGUAAAAAGCAAUGAACAUGUUCAUGAACGGAACUUGUUUUUUACCAUUUGGCUCUGGGAGGAUGUGGAGCGAUCACUGAGUUUUCCCACUAAACAAACCGGGUGACUGAGAUGAUCUGAAGCUGUGUAAAUAUGAUGCUGACCCCAUUAGCACGGUGAAGUGAUCGGGCUCAAAGCAGGCCACCACAAAAAGGAGUCGCGCUGUCUGCAGCAGAGAUGGUGGUGGAGGGGGAGCGGACGCUGCUCGCCGCGAGGCAAGGGGACGUGCCGACCCUGAAGGUGCAGCUGGCGCAGAAAGCGCUCACCAACAACAUCAAGGAUGGGCUGGGGGCUUCACCCGUCCACCACGCAGCCCGGGCCGGGAAGCUUACCUGCCUGCGCUUCCUAGUGGAGGAGGCAGGGCUGCCAGGGAACUGCCUUGCUAACAACGGGGCAAGCCCGGCGCAUGAUGCAGCAGCCACCGGCAACCUGGCCUGCUUACAGUGGCUGCUGACCCAGGGGGGAUGUGGGCCAGAGGACCGGGAUAGUUCUGGUGCCACCAUUCUCCACCUUGCGUCCCGCUUUAGUCACCAUGAGAUCACAGACUGGCUGCUGAAGAGCAGCGAGGUGGACCCCGGGGCGUCCACCGACACAGGCGCCGUCCCUGUUCACUACGCUGCUGCCAAGGGAGACCUGCCCUCUCUCCGACUGCUACUGGGGCACAGCCCAAACGUUGUCAACUCCCAAACUAAGAAUGGUGCCACACCGCUCUACCUGGCCUGCCAGGAGGGUCACUUGGAAGUCGUCCAAUACUUGGUCAAGGAUUGUGGGGCAGAUCCGAGCAUCAGAGCCAAUGACGGGAUGACACCUCUACACGCUGCUGCCCAGAUGGGCCACAACACUGUCAUCGUCUGGCUAAUGAGUUUCACAGAGAUCAGCCUUACGGGCAGGGAUAAUGACGGGGCCACAGCUAUGCACUUUGCAGCAAGCCGGGGCCACGCCAAGGUGCUCAGCUGGCUGCUGCUGCACGGCGGAGAGAUUGUCACCGACAACUGGGGAGGGACCCCGCUUCACGACGCUGCAGAGAACGGUGAACUGGAGUGCUGUCAGAUCCUUGUGGUCAAUGGGGUGGACCUGGGCGUCAGGGACCAGGACGGCUUCACAGGAGCAGACCUGGCUGAGUACAACGGCCACUCCCAGUGUGCCAAAUAUCUGUGCACUGUGGAGAACAUGAGUGUGGAGCACCGUGUUUUGUCCCGGGACCCCUCAAUGGACCUCGAGUACAAGCAGCCGGACUCGGGCCUCUCGUCCCCAAACACCACCAUGCCCCCCACCAGCCAGGCGGCACACUUUGACAUUAGUUCACCAUCCAGCUCUCUGUCCAACUACGACUCCGCCAACUCCAGCCAGUCCAGCACCGGGGAGAAAAGGAGCAGCUUAACCACGACACGCGGCCCAGCUCAGCUGAACACAGUCGCACACACAGGUGCAUCAGAGUCAGGCAUUUCAGACAUGCAGGCAUAUAUGGACAUGCUCAACCCAGACGUAGGAUCUGAAGCGACCAAGAAGAACGAGACACCUGCUGAUGCCGCCUCCAGUCCCCCGCCACCACCGACCUAUCCACCCCCGCCUCCCCCACAGGCCCCCCCGUCGCCUCCUCCACCCCCCAACUAUCAAGCACCAACGCCCCCCAAGGAGCCGACAUCAGAGGAGUUCCUCAAGGUGAAAAGUAACCUGCGACACGUGGAGAGCAGGACGGAGCAGCUGACUCCUGGCGAAAAACACGACAAAUUGCGGCGCGUGGAUUCAAACAGGAAGUCAAGGUGUUUCAGUAAGCAGCCCAGCACUGGGGACUACUACAAGAGCCUGGGCAGUGACACAGCCGAGCCCCGAGGGAGCAAAGGGAUGGCGCCCAACGAGGAAGGCUCUGUGUUAUUGGAGGAGCCGACCGACGGACCGGCCCACAGCUCAGAGAACGGCACCACAGAAGAAUCAGCUGCACCCCCUCCUCCUCCUCCACCUCCGCCUCCUCCGCCUCCUCUACCUCCAAACAACCCCACGCCAACACCCCCUCCACCUCCUCCAUUGCCCCCGGAGACGUCAACCACCUCUCAUCACUCUUCCAGUAGCACCUCCAACAACCAACGACGCCUAUCUUCCUCAUCAGGAAGCACAAAAUCUUUCAACAUGAUGUCCCCCACUGGCGACAACUCAGAGCUGCUGGCAGAGAUCAAAGCAGGGAAGAGCCUGAAGCCAACACCUCACAGUAAAGGCUAUACCACCGUCUACUCCAGCAGCGGACCCACAGGCAAUAAUGAGAACCCAUCUCCACCAGAGACACGCACACCUAGCCCAUUAGGCAAGCAGCCUUCCACUCCUGUCUCCAAUGCAUCCGUCACCUCCCCACCUGCCACCCCUAGCCCCAGGUCCAGCCCCAGUCCCACUGGCUCUGGAUCUGCCAGGACCAUGUCGACCUCUGGAAGCUUCGAGCGACUGUCCUCUAACGCUGUGGUCAAUGGUAAUGGUAAUGGUAAUGGCAGUAGCAGCACAGCAGGAGCUGAGUCGGGGCGGAAGAUGAGCCUUGCAGAUGUGGAGGCGCUGGUUCCCACCCAUGACGAACAGGGAAAAGCAAUUCCUGAAUGGAAGAGGCAGGUCAUGGUGCGGAAGCUUCAGGUCAAGAUGCAAGAUGAGGAGGAGCACAAGCGCAAGGUGGAGGAGGAGGCUGCACGCCUGGCAUCGAUGCCGGCCUGGAGGAGAGACAUGAUGAAGAAGAAAAUGGACGAAGAGAGAUGUGACAGGGAACAGAAAAGAAAAGAGCAGCAGCAGGCCAACCAGGUGAAGGAGAUGGAGGAGAAGACGGAGCUAGAGCGACUACGGAACCUGGGCUACGAUGAGACCAAGCUGGCCCCCUGGCAGCGACAGAUCAUUCUGAAGAAAGGGGAUAUAGCCAAACAGUGAACUAAGCCGUCUGCCCCUUCUCUGACCCGCAGCACUCCUCCCACCCUCAGCCACCCACCCCCAAAGCCUUCACUGAACACCUCCCCAUCCCUGAUCCUCGCACUGUACACGGGAGAGCUUCAAUCUUCGACCUUCAGAACCACAGGACCAUGCAAUGGCUCAUCUUGGGAGGGGUGACCCGCCUCCUCCCAUUGAAAGUCUCUUGGACAAACACUAUUGGUGUGUUAGUGCUAACAAUAGUUGUGACAUGCACUGAUUCUCCUUACUGAAUACAUUUGCUAUGAAUGCAUGUGUCUUCAGUAAAUUAUGAUUAUCUGUUGUAUUUGCUUUCCUGCAAAUCAAUAGAAGCUAUUUCACAUAACAGAUUUACUCAAAAGAGGUUAGUGUGGGAAAGCGACUUACUUACUUGUGAGCAUUCAUUGCAUGUAUAUUUUCUGUCCAUUAGCAGUGCACUGUUAUGUAAGGAAUGUUAAAGUAACUCCAUAACAGUCGUGUCAUGUGACAAUGGCAUUGACGUACUCAGCAAAGUCUUAUUAAACCCUGAAGCAGCUAAUCCAUUCUGUAUGUAGAAAAUCACAUCUUUAUUAUGCUAUAUUAGUCAUGAGAUUUUGUAUCAUGCUCAUAGAAGCAAUUUCUAAAUGGCUUCAAUUUACUGCCAGAGUUGUUAUCCUAACACUGCUCAAACUAAUCUGUUUCUUUAGAUAAGCUUGUUGUAAUUUCUCUGUGGAUUUGAAAUAUUGAUAUAUAUGAUAUUUUAAACAAGGUAAAGAUUAUGUAGCUGUGCAAAUUGAAUUUGACUAAUAAUCAUUUGAGAAAAAGUUGAAUGUUCUAAUGUUAUUGUUUUAUGUGGACCUAAAUUUUAGACUGUUAUGAUCAUGAAUGUGAAUGUUGCGUGUGUGUGUGUGUGUGUGUGUGUGUGUGUGUGUGUGUGUGUUGCAUAAUGUGGAUCGAGCAUGUAGUUAUGAAAAUGUAUGCCCAUUUGCCUCAAGGACCCUAGAAUUUCUUUGAAAAAAACAAACAAAAAACAAAGACAGUACAAUCUUACUAGGUUUCUAAUUCAACAUGACUUUACUUAAAAAUAAUAAUAAUAUGCACAUCUUAGGAGCAGCUUCUUACAUCAGACGUCUCAUUCGCACGCUGAAUAUUGCACAAGUAAAGAAAAUACAUCAGUUUAUCCAGUGUCCUGAUCCGGCCUUCGUCCCAGUAACCUGGAGCAUACAUUUUUGAUGAGCAAAUCUGCUUACAGAUUACAAAGUGCUCUCUGUCUGCCAGCAAUAAUGUCAGGAAUCUAAUCUAAUAGUACUUAGACGCUAGAGUGUAACGUCCAGUUACAAUAUUUUUGGCUCAAACAUCGGAUUAUGAACAUUAAGAAGAACAACAGUAUACAAUAUAUGAUUACAUUCAGAAAAUACUUUUUAUUUGACAGAAGCGACACACAAAUGUCAGGUUCAUACUUUCACAGCUAAUUUCUGAACAGUUGACACAUUUGUUUUGCAUGGGUCUAUACAUUUGGGACUAAAUAUGAACAUGUGAAGCUGUGUUGAAUGUUUUUGGCUGAACUGAAAAGACAGAUUUGAAAUGGUUAGUAGAGCAAUAGUCUGUGACAUUUAAGAGCAACUGAACCUCCCUUAUAAUGUCAGAUGAAUUGUCCCAACACAAUGGAAAAAUAUUCUCUAUGUUUACUACAUUUCUGUAUGUACAUUUUUUAAUGUGUAGGGUAUUGAAGGUACAGGUCAUGAAAGACUUGCUCCUGGUUGAGGAAACAUUUGGAACUUCUCUAAUUCACUUUCAUCGGAUGCCAUAUGAUGUUGAAAUUGAGAAAAUGAUGUUAACGUCAUUGCCAUUUGAAUUUCUAUACAUAUUUAAACUCUGUAUAUAGUGACCCUCAGAUGUUUGUUGUUUCCAUAUUGCAUUACAUUACAUGUCUCAGCCUUGCUUGAAUAGAAUGUGGCUAAUUCAUGUGUAAUUAUAUUUUCAGACUGUUAAAGAUGAAGACAAUAAAUCUUUAAUCACCAAAUAA